UGCAGCAUCCAGUGCUGGCCGCGGCGGCCGGCGCUCCCCAUGCACAAAGGCGCCCAACCCCUGGGGAGGGCGAUGAGCGCACCGCAGCCCCGGCCCGAGCCCCAGCUCCAGCCACCGCUGCCUGCGCUAAUGGCGCAGGGGAAGACACAGGGCGUGCCAAGGGUCGGCGGCCGAGGCGCGGCCCGCGAGCCCUGAGCUCGGGACUAGCUGCCCUCGGUGUGAGUGGAGCCUCGAAGCGGCUACAGCAAGGGCCUCUGCGCGUCCCGGGGAUCCGCGCAGGAGGGUGUUUCCCCACUCCUACCCAACCUCUCGCACCUUCCCGCUGCUCCCAAGCGCCAACUUCCCCAAGAACGCUCCAACUCCAGGCCACCCUGCCGGGCAGAGGGGGCGCUGCUGCUGGGCACCAGCCGUGAGGACGAACCCCCUGGCUUCAGGCAGCGAGCCUGCAUCUUCUGGGUAGAUCGGGCGCCCCUGAGUGGGCGGAGGCGGCAGACGCCUCUCCCCAGAGUCCAGGACUUGCCAGUGCUGGAGAUUCCUCCUGGGCAGGCGCUCGCCCUUUCUUUUAUGGAGCUUGGGUCCCUGCCCCAGCCCCAUAGAGGCUGUGGAGGCACACCGUCCGGAAGCCUGGUUCCCAGGCCCCUGGCCCAUUCCCGACUGCAGGGAGUGGCGCUUCCCACGAGGUAGCGGUGGCCCGCAGCAGCGGCCCCCUCCUGGCAGUGAGCCAUGGGCCAGAAGCUCUCGGGGAGCCUCAAGUCGGUGGAGGUUCGAGAGCCGGCGCUACGGCCAGCCAAGCGGGAGCUGCGGGGCACUGAGCCGGGGCGGCCGGCGCGGCUGGACCAGCUGCUGGACAUGCCUGCGGCGGGGCUGGCUGUGCAGCUGCGGCACGCAUGGAACCCCGAGGACCGUUCGCUCAAUGUCUUCGUCAAGGAUGAUGACCGGCUCACCUUCCACCGGCACCCGGUGGCCCAGAGCACUGACGGCAUCCGCGGCAAAGUGGGCCACGCCCGCGGCCUGCACGCCUGGCAGAUCCACUGGCCGGCUCGACAGCGGGGCACCCACGCGGUCGUGGGCGUGGCCACGGCUCGGGCACCCCUGCACUCCGUCGGCUACACAGCGCUGGUGGGCAGUGACGCCGAGUCGUGGGGCUGGGACCUGGGCCGCAGUCGCCUCUACCAUGAUGGCAAGAACCGGCCCGGAGUGGCCUACCCAGCCUUCCUGGGGCCUGAUGAGGCCUUCGCACUGCCGGACUCCCUGCUUGUGGUGCUGGACAUGGACGAGGGCACGCUCAGCUUCGUUGUAGAUGGCCAGUACCUAGGCGUGGCCUUUCGUGGUCUCAAGGGCAAGAAGCUGUACCCGGUGGUGAGUGCUGUGUGGGGCCACUGUGAAGUCACCAUGCGCUACAUCAACGGCCUUGACCCCGAGCCCCUGCCGCUGAUGGACCUGUGCCGGAGAUCCAUCCGCUUGGCCCUGGGCCGCCAGCGCCUGCGGGACAUCGGCACCCUGCCUCUGCCUCAGUCUCUCAAAAACUAUCUGCAGUACCAGUGACCUGAGUUGGGGGGCGCUGAUGGGCAGCAGUGGGCACUCCGCAGGCCCCGUCUGUCAUUUCAAGGUCACAGAGAACUUUCAGGAAGGCAUCUUCCUCCACAACCUGGUUCCCCAGAACUUUCAGUGCUUUGAAAGGCCAAGACACGUUCCCGACUUCAAAAAUGAAUGUCUGUUGCCAACAGUAUUUGCUGCCUUAGAAGCAGCUCUCCCGAGUCUCCACACCUCCUUGGAAGCCACGAAGAACCCCAGGGCCUCUGCCUGCCGACCAAGAUUCAGCAGCCACCGUUAUUGAUCAGAGAUCCUGUUUCCAUAUUCAAGAGAAUGAAUAAAACAUUGGGGCAGGAGACUUUCUGUUGUGUGC